AUGAACGCCUCAGCAUCCAUACGAGCAUCAUACAUCCGCCAGGCGCGGAUGAGCAUCAUUCAUGAAACAAACUUUCCCACAUCCAUUGCAGACACUCUGGUAAUCCCACUCGAGCCCCGACCAGCAUCAGACGAAAAGCUGGAGUCCUUCGAGAAGCUUGAUUACGCUGUACAUCUGGAAAAGACCCACCGAGAGCGCGAUGCCGAACCUCAAGUCUUUGACGUCGAGAAGCUCGCCGAAAGCAGCCAAGCAUACGCUGAAGCUUGCCCCAUCAACUGGAACGAAAACAAAUCAAUCAGGGUCCGAUUGAGAACAAUGUUCACCGUUUUCCCUGUGCGCGACCCUAUCUACCUCGUCGCCGUCAUCUUCCUCCUAGGAUCCAUCGACCUGGUUGCCAACGCCUUCUUCGACCUCCUCCCACGUCUUCUACCCGAGGAGCCCAAGAAUGAAUUGAAUGAGAUGAUCGCCGUGCCCACCACCGUUCUAAUUGGCUCAAUCUUCUUCUUCGUAGCCGGCAUCUUCGACACCUUUGGCGCCCUCAACGCCGACAACGCCACCCUAGGAAUUACAAAAGCAAACCCCGACAAACUCAUCUUCCGCCCCGCCUUGCUCGGCUCCCCGGAGUUCAAGUGGAUCCAGCCAUGGUCUAAGUUUAAGGAUCUCGCUCUCACAAACGUUGCUUUUCAAGCCGGUCUCAUGGUUCUCUUCGGCGGUGUCAUCUUCAUGUUUGCAGGCAUCGUCGACUUCCCCGGUCUCGUCCCCGAAUCAGAUUUCGGCGACCUCAUCGUCUUCGGUCCUCAGGUCAUUCACGGCCUGCUUUUCCUCGUUGCUAACCUCAUGCUCGCAUUUUGCGAACAGGAGAGGUGGUACAAGCCCAAGUUCUCAGACGCAGAUUGGCAGGGCGCUUUCCUCAACGCCGUGGGUGGCGCAGGCUUCAUGAUGGCGGGGUUCUUCCUGUUUCAGGGAGAAAAUGGGAUUGGGGGUAUUAAGGCGGGAAUCUCUGCAAUGGUGGGAAGUUGGGCGUUUCUCAUCGGUAGCAUCAUUCGCUUGGUUGACAUUCGCCAACGUUACGUAUGGGUAGCUUAG